CAGCAGUCCGGCCAGUGUUUUGAGAAUGGGAAAAGUUUGUCAGUGCGGGUGAGACGCUCACAGCGACUCUGAUCUUCCGACUGAACACUGCGACACACAGCGCAUUCAAUUACUUCAUCUUAAUGUCUUGUGGGAUCUCAGGAGGACAACACCGUUACUUUUCAUUAUCAACUACUGGACAUAUCACCAGCAGCACCAAAGGACGGAUCCAUGAACAAGGGCAGGAUCGCUGUUCUCUCAUAGAUAAGGUGCAGCUCUGACUGAGAUGGCCAUGUCACUGCGCUGCCGCAGGACAGUCUUAUUGGCUGUGGCCUUCUGUUUCCUGCCUUGCAUCACUUCCUCCCUCAACCUGGAGGAUCCCAACGUCUGCAGCCACUGGGAGAGUUACUCUGUGACAGUGCAGGAGUCAUAUGCCCAUCCUUUUGAUCAGAUUUAUUACACCAGCUGCACCGACAUCCUCAACUGGUUCAAGUGCACCAGACACAGGGUGAGCUAUCGGACAGCCUAUCGCAGAGGAGAGAAGACCAUGUACCGGAGAAAGUCCCAGUGCUGCCCAGGCUUCUAUGAGAAUGGAGAGAUCUGUGCUCCUCAUUGUGCGGAGAGCUGUGUUCACGGCCGUUGUAUGGCCCCCAACACCUGCCAGUGUGAGCCGGGCUGGGGGGGCUCCAACUGCUCCAGCGCUUGUGACAGUAACCACUGGGGCCCCCACUGCAGUAACCGAUGCCAGUGCCAGAACGGAGCUCUGUGUAACCCCAUCACUGGAGCCUGUAUCUGCACUCCUGGAUACAGAGGCUGGCGCUGUGAGGCCCAGUGUGAAGUGGGUACCUAUGGUAAUGGAUGCCAGCAGAAAUGCCAAUGCCAGAACGGAGCUGCCUGUCACCAUGUGACCGGAGAAUGCAAGUGCUCACCAGGAUACACUGGAGCUUUCUGUGAAGACCUGUGUCCUCCAGGUAAACAUGGGCAGCAGUGUGAGGAGAGGUGUCCAUGUCAGAAUGGAGGAGUGUGUCACCAUGUGACUGGAGAGUGCUCCUGUCCUGCAGGAUGGAUGGGCACAGUGUGUGGCCAGCCAUGUCCAGAGGGGAGAUUUGGACCGAACUGUUCUCAGGAAUGCCAGUGUCACAACAACGGCUUCUGUGUCUCGUCCACUGGACAGUGUCUCUGCAGCCCUGGAUACACAGGAGAACGGUGCCAGGACGAGUGUCCAGUUGGUACUUAUGGUGCUGGCUGUGCAAAGACGUGUCGCUGUAAGAACAACAGCAAGUGCUACCACACCAACGGAAUGUGUCUGUGUGAGCCAGGCUACACAGGGGAGACAUGUGACGUCCGAAUGUGUCCUGAAGGACACUAUGGCCUGCGCUGUGAUAGGAAGUGUCCAUGCUACACCCAGACUACACGCAGCUGCCACCCCAUGUCCGGAGAGUGUAUGUGUCAGCCUGGUUGGUCUGGACUCUACUGCAAUGAGACGUGCACGCCAGGAUUUUAUGGAGAUUCCUGCCAGCAGGUGUGCCAGUGCCAGAAUGGUGCCGACUGCCACAGUGUGAGCGGAGAGUGUAUCUGUGCUCCAGGCUUCACGGGUCCCAACUGUUCAGUCCCCUGCCCAGCAGGAACUCAUGGAGUGAACUGCUCUUCCAGCUGUAAGUGUAAGAACGGAGCUCAGUGUUCACCUGUGGACGGAUCCUGCUCCUGUAAACCAGGGUGGCAUGGAGUAGACUGCUCCAUCAACUGCCCCAGUGGUACCUGGGGUCUGGGCUGUAACCUGACCUGCAUGUGUGGGAACGGAGGAGCGUGUAAUGCUUUGGAUGGUCACUGUACCUGUGCUCCAGGCUGGAGGGGUGACAGGUGUGAACUCCACUGCCAGGAUGGUACGUAUGGUCUGGACUGUAAAGAACGCUGUGACUGCAGUCAUGCUGAUGGAUGUCACCACUCCACUGGACACUGCCGCUGCCUGGCCGGAUGGACUGGUAUUCACUGUGACAGUGUGUGUGCAGAGGGACGCUGGGGCCCAAACUGUUCCCUCCCCUGUAACUGUAAGAAUGGAGCGUCCUGUUCUCCAGAUGAGGGAACCUGUGAGUGUGCUCCAGGAUACAGAGGCACCACCUGUCAGAGGAUCUGCUCUCCGGGUUACUUUGGUCACCGCUGCAGUCAGACCUGUCCACAGUGUGUCCAUAGUAACGGGCCGUGUCAUCAUGUCAGCGGACAGUGUGACUGUCUGCCGGGUUUCAAGGGGGCGCUGUGCAACGAGGUGUGUCCCAGUGGUCGCUUUGGGAAGAACUGUGCGUGGAGCUGCAGCUGCACCAACAACGGCACCUGUAACCCCAUCGAUGGCUCCUGUCAGUGUUACCCAGGAUGGAUCGGCAGCGACUGCUCUCAAUCAUGUCCACCCGGUCAGUGGGGACCCAACUGCAUCCACACAUGUAACUGUCACAACGGAGCCUACUGCAGCGCUUAUGAUGGAGAAUGCAAGUGCACCCCAGGAUGGACCGGUCUCUACUGCACACAACGCUGUCCAUUAGGUUUCUAUGGGAAGGACUGUUCUCAGAGCUGUCAGUGCAGGAAUGGAGCUGACUGUGACCACAUCUCUGGACAGUGCACCUGUCGCACUGGCUUCAUGGGACGGCACUGUGAACAAAAGUGUCCUCCUGGUACAUAUGGUUAUGGCUGCCGUCAGGUGUGUGACUGUCUAAAUAACUCCACCUGUGAUCACAUGACUGGUACAUGUUACUGCAACCCAGGCUGGAAGGGAGCCCGCUGUGACCAAGCUGGUGUGGUGGUGGUGGUGGGCAGCCUCAACAGUUUGACCAGUGCAGCCAUGCACGUAGACACCUACCAGAUCGGAGCCAUUGCGGGAAUCAUUGUGCUGGUACUGCUGGUGCUCUUCCUCCUCCUCCUUUUCAUCAUCUACAGGAAGAAGCAGAAGGGUAAAGAGCCCACCAUGCCGGCUGUGACCUACACUCCUGCUAUGAGGGUGACGGCUGAUUACACCAUCGCAGAUGCUCACCCACCAACAUGUGAGGCUCACCCCAGCAACUACUUCUCCAACCCCAGCUACCACACUCUGACCCAGUGCAUCAGUCCCCCGCAUGUUAACAAUACUCCUUAUGGAAAGGCCAAGAAUAACCAGAUGUUUGUGAACUUGAAAAAUGGGGAGCAGAGAAAGAGAGCUCCUCUAGCUGACCACACUGGCACACUGCCUGCAGACUGGAAACAUGGGGACUGCUUCAAUGAACUGGGAGCCUAUGGAGUUGACAGGAGAUACAUGGGGAAAUCUUUACGAGAUCUGGUGAAGGGCACGCCCUAUCAUGCCAGCUCCUGUUCCCUCAACAGCUCUGAAAACCCAUACGCCACAAUAAAGGACCCUCCCCUGUUGAUGGCCAAAAACACAGAGUGUGGCUAUGUGGAGAUGAAGUCGCCAGCCAGACGGGAUUCACCGUAUGCUGAGAUCAGCAACAGCAGCCCGACCAAUAACAGGAAUGUCUAUGAAGUUGAGCCGACUGUGAGCACCAUCCAUCCUUUUGGAAACAGCAAUGGCCACGUGCAGCUUGGUCAGGACCCAUAUGAUCUACCAAAAAACAGCCACAUCCCCUGUCACUACGACCUGCUGCCAGCCAGAGAGAGUCCAACCUCAGAGCACAAGGAGCUGGACAGUGAAUGACCACACAGAGACUCAGUACAGAGAGCAGCUCACACCUUCAUCUGCAGCUCCAGCACUGGAUGCUCCACAAACAGGCACACUUUCUACCCACUUCAUACUUUCACUUGUUUUAUUGCUGUUAUACUCUACCAUUGUAAUUAUGUAUUAUGACUUUUUCUGAACAAAGUGGGUAUAUUGUGCACAAGACCUUGGAGGUUAGUUUUGAGGUACGGCUGUUGUUUUCUACAGCAAUUUUUAAACUGCGAUGAAGUCUUCAUAGGUCAUUCCACACAUCUGGGAGGUAGUGCCUCAGAAUGCUUUGAACAAAGCAGUUUGCAUGAUAUGUUGUCCAACCACUGCUAAAGGCAGCAUGUUUCUUCCUGUUCUUAACGGUGAAACGCCUGUCGUCAUAGCCUCGUCCUGUGUCCCACUGCCUCCCCUCUCUCCAACAAGUCUGGGUCUUUUGCAUGUCUUAUAGUGUCAACACGACUGCUUGUACAAAUGAUAACACCACACACUUUCAGACAGUUUGGAAGCAUUCGUGCUGGAGCAUGAACAAGGUUGUACACAUGAAGUUAACUUAAACACCUUCGUGCACCUGACCAAUCGCUGCGUAAAGGGGGCGUGACUGUCAGGUUGUGCCCAUCCAAUUCUGACAUCAGAAAGGCUGUUUCAAACGCUUUUAGACAAUCUGACAAGGACUUUAUUUGAAGCAUACUGAGGCCUUCGCAUAUAACAUUCAAUACCAAUCAAAUCUCUAUUUUUGUAACAACAGAAUUAAAAAGUGGCUAAUUUGAUUGAAUAUUAGCAAAUGUAUCAAAGAUUAGAUGUUUGUAUACGUUUUGUUUCGUGAAGAAGAGUAGAUGUCAAGCUGCUGACAGUGGGUGCGUUUUUGAUAUCAAUAUAUGAUAUUGAAUUUGACAUCAAAUUGUUGAAUUAACCAAAGGUAAAAGUGCCAUUUAAAUACUAUUUUUAUCAGCAUAGGUCAAAGGUUUGCAGCGGAGCAGAGACCCUUCUCAUUGUAACAGUAUUCCAUUUUUUAUUUUAGGUCAUUUACUGCUAAUUUCAGAUCAUUUCCUUUUCAAUUAAUCAUCACAAUAUAUUCACCACUCAUUUAUCACACAGUGAACAGUAUCAUACUGUUCAUCUACUGAAUGAUCAACACCACCACUCUGUGACACCUGUUGCUAUUUACAGAAGCUCUUCUGAGCUGGAUGUUCUUCCAUACAGUAGUACUUUGUAUAGUUGUUUGUUCACAGUGUGUACUUUGUUCUCAGUAGUAUUUUGUUUACAUAUUUCUGUAUAUGUCUUGAUGAUUAAUUUAUCUGUCUUGAAAAACCAUUGCAGUCCAUUUUAAUUGCUCUAGAUCCCCAUGCCCCAUGUGCCCCCAUGAGCAUCAAGUUGACUGUGACCCCAUUUCAACCUUGUAUUAACAUGCAAUCUGUAUCUGGAUAUCUCAUCUGGAUCAGGGAAAGCACAUGUUAAUGCAGGUGUAAAUGCAAGCAGAAAGCGUCAUCUGAAUGCUUUUGGAUUGGCCAGACCACUUCUGUAGGUGGUGUGAUUCACUCUAUCAGAUCAGAUCUCAGCCAUGUGUGAAUGACCACACUCUUAAGAAACAAAUCUGUUAAACAGCCACCUAACUCCACCUCUUCUUGCUAUCUCAAGCUGCCUCAGAUGACCCUGCCUCUGCAGAGAAAGUACAACUCAUACAAUAACAUCACUGCAAGAGACUCUUGAGGGAGUGCUAAAAUAUGGAGGGGAAGGGUCCAAAGAGUAUUUCACAUGGCUUUCAUACGCUGGAGAUGCAUCACGUUCGUUGUCAGCUUACCUAAUAUGCAUAUUGAGAUCUGAUCACAUCACAGGCAGAAUUGAGAUAAUGAGAACACUCGCGAGAAUCCCAACUUUCGAGCACUUGUCCUGGCCCCCCAACGGGAUUUAUUUUCAGUAAUUACAUGUAAAGUACCUUUGAUUUUCUGAAAAUCAACAGUUCCAAUUGGUGUUUGUAAAAUGUGUUGCUAUGACAGGAUUUGGGCUACAGGUUCAUGUUUAUAGGGAUGCAGCAAAAUAUAUUUUUGUUAACAACUAAUGAGUCGACAGUGAAAAGAUUUGGUUAGCUGUGUCAUGUAUAAAAUGUCGGAAAUUUGUGAAAAUACUCAUCAUAAUUUCCCAAAGGCGACUUUUCUCUACAUCCUGGUAUUUUUCUGAUGACAUCACACUGAAAAUAAGUUAAAUGCAUUCUCUUUUUGUUUCUUUGUUUGCUCAUUGUGUUGAUGUACUGAGUAACUUUUUCAAUGUUAUGCAUGAAUGGAGUGUUAUUAAAAACAUUAUUUAGAGUUUUAGGUGAGAGGAGAUGGCACAUGCAGCAUGGUGAAAGUUUUCACCACAGCACAUGUAGGAGUUUCAUCCAAAUGUGUAGAUCAGUGCAGUGCUGUUCACAAGGCACUUGUAGCCCUUUUCCACUGCCGGAACCCAUAACCUGAGGCUUUACAUAACCUGACGUUUUAACCUUAUCAGUCUUUGGAGCACCGCUCUUCUUUUUGUGUCCACUACACUGUAAAAAUCGCAACAUUUCCCAUGUAUACCAUUAAAAGGGCAGAAGCAGUACACACUCCAUCAUUUUUGUGACAGGGCUUACUAACAACAAGAAGCCCUUUUUUCACUGACAGAACUUAACAACCCGUAACUUAGGGCUUCCUCUAACCUGAACUUUCAAGAACCUUGUGAAGCUUUGGUACGAGGUUCUUCCUUGUAUAUCCACUUUUAAAUGGCAAAAGCAAAGGAAGUAAGCAGUUUUAGGAUAGACAACAAUGGAAACAGUGGCAAUAAUUGUUUAUUUUCUUUCUUAUUUAUGUGAAGAUGUUUAUAUGCCGAUGAAGAAUCCAUGGCACUUCCGCAAACAGUAGAAAUAAAAGCAGUGGAACAAAAUGAUUAUGAUUCCUCGGUGGAAAAGGGAUAAUUAAUUUUUUUCUCUGCACCACCAGCUCUGAAUGGCUUUCUCUCCUCAUACACUAAUGAGGUUCUGGACAUCUUGGUUUGUCCAGCAAGCCUUCUCCACUGGUUUUCCUGCUCCAUACAGAGGCAGUAGUAAAGUGGUGGUUACUGUUGCUGUUGUUGCUUGACCAAACAUUAUCAGCAGCACUGUGGACAACCCCUGAACAUACUUGGCAGAGGCCAAAUCUAGUUCCAGGAACUCAUCCUCAAAGCGGAUGUAGAUGUUGGAAACAAAGUCAGAACCAGUGGUCAUGGAUACACUUUAUGUUUUGUGAAGUUACUGCAGUGUCACUCCACAGUCAGGAUUCAUGUACUCCUGUGUGGAGAGUUUCCACCAGUGACCACAUUUAGACUGAAGAAUCCAACAAAAUAUGUUUGCAGGAUGUGAUAACAAUUCCACAAUGACAUCAUUACAUCUUGUGCAAUAGUGCCACUUCACAAACAGUGAAUCGUCUGUACAAGAAGACCUAGUUUAUAACACAUUUGCUGAUCUUUAUUGCUGUGCAAUUUAAAGGGCUCAACACAUCUAAAUGUAAGCUUAAGCUGGACCUUGGCUUUGUGUAAGGAUAACUGAAACAGGAACAAUUGACAUCAUUAAUCUGUAAUUAGCAUUAUCAUAUACACGCAGGAACUUGUUUAGAAAAAUGAUGCUUUAUGAUUGAUUGAGAAUGAUUGUAUGUGUUUUGUUCCUGUCUUUCCUGUAUUCUGAAUGGUCUCAAAUAGCAAACAGUCUUAAACUAUUCUGAGCCUAUUUUAAAUUUUGUAAAAUAAUGUAUAUAGUUUGAUUAGUUCUGAUGUAAAAAUGUUAACAUCACCCAGUGUCUUAUUUCUGAAAUUGAAAACUGGAACAAAUGUAGCAUUUGGUUUAGCAUGGAACGAUUCAGACUCUCGUCCUCAACAGACACUGCAUUUCUUAUGUAAUCUUUUCCCUUUGUAAUCUGUCGGAGUGCUGUGUAUUUAAAUGGCCACUAAAGGUGUUUUGCUCUGACAGAAAUGCUUGAAAAUUAACAAGCACAUAAAAAUCAUCUGUUUCUAGGCUCUAACUGUUUUUUAUUCCUCUAGUAGGAAGUAGAAUCAUUUAUACACCAGCUACCACUGCACAUUUGUUCCCCUAUAAGUUGACAAUUUAGUCAUCACCAUGGGAUUCUAUCUAUUACACUUUUUGAGGUUUUGUUUUUCAUUAUAGUGCUGUUUGUGCAAAUGCUUUUGAAUAAAAAGACAUAAUAUGGUGAAAUAGUUUGCUGUCUUGUGGAAUUUGUGAGCCCCCCAAGUAGAUUCUUUUUCCAAACCUCAAGUA